AUGGCAGAUACGGCGUCCCUGUCGGGCGCGGCUGCAGCGGCCGUGGCUGCCGACGUGGCCGCAGCUGCCCGCUCGGCUGCCAUCAAGCCAGACUCGCCGCAGUCGACCGCAGACAUGGCUCUGUCCUCGUUUGGCCGUCUGUCCUCGCCUCCGCUGUCGUCGUCUUCCUCGCCGGCCAUCCAGAUGUUCGACUCGGCCGUCCACGGCCAUCUGGUCCUCUAUCUCGCCGCCCUGCACGGCUCCUGCAUCACCCACGAUGGCCUCUCCGGCAGCUUCAGCCCGCCGCUGCACCACGAGAAGCUGCUCGCCUGGUGGAAGGUCCGGCUGGCCUCGUCCGUUGUCCUGCUCUGGCUGCUGCCUUCGGAUGCCGCCAAGCCUGCCGCCUCCGACCUCGUCGGCGCUGUCAUGCUGCGCAGCCACCCCGCCGAGACCAGCCACCACGUCGCCGCCGUCGAGCUGCUGCUGGUCAACCCGCGAGAACGCCAAAAAGGCGGCGAGCGCCUGCUCUUGGCCGCCGUCGAGCAGCAGGCCGUCGCUGCUGGCAGGACGCUGCUGACUGCCGAGACCGAUGCAGACUCCCCGGCUGCCCUCACCUUUGCCGAGCUUGGUUUUGUCGAGGCCGGUCGCAUCCCCGGCUUCGUCGUGCGCCCAUCAGGCGAGAAGCGCGACCAGCUGGUUCUAUACAAGAACCUCGCUCCGUCGCCAUGA